AAAGUGAAAAAAAUUCUCCCAUGGAAUUGUAAACAUUGAAGGUUUUGUGAAAAUUACUUUUCUAGACAGUCUCCAAGCAUGGAGGGUAACAGAGAUGAGGCCAAAAGGUGCAUAGACAUCGCGUGCUACAGCCUGAAGGCGGGGAAUUUAGAGAAAGCCAGGAAAUUCCUACUGAAAGCCGAGAAACUCUAUCCGUCACUCCAGGCCCAGAAGUUGCUCAAGGAGAUUGACUCCCUGGACGAGGAAUCGACUCACAAUGAGCCACCAAAGCGGGAGGAGGAACCGCCGGAGGUGAAGUACACUCAGGAGCAGGUAGAUCUCGUGAAGAAAGUGAAAAAGUGCAAAAACUUCUACGAAAUGUUGGGUGUCACCAAAGAUUCCACGGACAGUGAAAUCCGAAAGGCGUACAAGAAACUCGCCCUACAUCUCCAUCCAGAUAAGAAUAACGCCCCUGGGGCCGCUGAGGCCUUCAAGGCCGUGGGAAAUGCCGUGGCGGUGCUCACAGACGCAGAAAAGCGCAAAACCUAUGAUUUAUAUGGGGAAAAGAGCUCCUCGGGCAGUGGAAGUGCUCGUCAUAGGCACACUCAUGACUACUAUCGCCAAUUUGAGUCCGAAGCCACAGCCGAGGAGCUCUUUAACAUGUUCUUCGGCGAUGGAUUCUCCUCACAUUCCGGACAUCGACGGUAUCACAAUCAUCGUCACGAUAAUAAUCAGCCUAGCUUGGCGUUUGGCCUCAUUCUAGUCUUGGUAGUGGUUUCUCUAAUGUCAACAUUCCUCACUUCAGAUCCAAUUUAUAGUCUCCAGCAGACGUCAAAAUAUCCAAUAGCCAGGAAAACAUCUGGACUCUCAAUUUCCUACUAUGUGAAAACCAACUUCGAUGAGGAAUAUACAGGACCUCUGGCCAGAUUAGAACUAUCCGUGGAGGAGGAAUAUUUGAUUGGAAUGAAGAAAAUGUGCAUGAGAGAGCGGCACUACAAAGAGGCUAUGAUGUCGCGAGCACAGCACUUUGGCAAUAAAGUCCAAUUCGCUCAAGCUCAAUCACUGCAGACGCCCUCCUGUGAUACACUCUAUCGCAUCGGGAAGUACACCUUUUAGUCAGAAUUAUGAAUUUAUUUAUGGAGAAGCCAAAAAACCACUGUUCGUUGAAAA